AUGAGGAAUCGAAGUAAUUCUGGAGUUCGAUUAGAUUAUUACUCCAGACUUGUAAACAAGACAAUCCUUGCACAUCAGAAUGCUGUAACAGGCCUUUUGACUACCACUCACACCUCUCAUGCUUGGGUACGAGACAAUGUCUAUUGCAUCACAUCUGUGUGGGGUCUGGCUUUGGCCUACCGUAAAGCAGCAGAUCUUGAUGAAGAUCGAUCAAAGGCAUUUGAACUGGAACAGUCUGUGGUGAAGUUGAUGCGAGGUCUGCUGCAUGCAAUGACCCUUCAGUGCCAUAAACUUGAGAAAUUCAAGAAGACCCAGAACCCAGCUGAUGCUCUUCAUGCCAAAUACAACAGUGAGAAUUGCAAGACUGUUGUUGGAGAUUUGGAAUGGGGUCAUCUCCAAUUAGAUGCCACUUCCCUCUACCUUCUCAUGUUAGCCCAAAUGACUGCAUCUGGUUUAAAAAUCAUCUAUUCUCUGGAUGAAGUGGCAUUUAUACAAAACUUGGUUUUUUAUAUCCAAGCUUCUUAUCGCAUUCCUGAUUAUGGUAUUUGGGAACGUGGGGAUAAGACUAACCAUGGCCUGCCGGAACUUAAUUCCAGCUCUAUUGGUAUGGCCAAGGCUGCUUUGGAAGCUAUUGAUGGUCUUGAUUUGUUUGGCUCAAGAGGUGGAACCAGUUCAGUCAUCCAUGUCCUCCCUGAUGAGGCUCAGCAAUGUCAGGCGAUUCUCCAUUCCAUGUUACCCCGGGAAUCCAACUCUAAGGAAAUUGAUGCUGGUCUGAUGACUAUUAUCAGUUUCCCAGCGUUUGCCUGUGACAAACCAGAGUUAAUUGCUGAAACAAAGACUCAAAUUCAAGAGAAGUUGGAAGGCAUAUUUGGCUGUAGCCGCUUCCUCAGAGAUGGCUACAAAACACCUAGGGAGGACCCCAACAGAUUGCAUUAUGAACCAGGUGAACUAAUGAAGUUUGAAAAUAUUGAAUGUGAAUGGCCUUUGUUCUUUGCAUUCUUUAUCCUUGAUGGCUUGUUCACAAACAACAUGGAACAGACUGAAAAAUAUCGAGCAUUGCUAGAUAGCCUUUUGCAUAAGAACGAAGAAGGAAUUCCUUUGGUUCCAGAAUUAUAUCAAGUACCACAUGAUAAGGUUGAUGCAGAAAUUCAAAAUCCUAAAACCCAGGAACGUAAAGCCAUUGGUCGAAUGCCUCAUCUGUGGGCCCAAUCUCUCUACAUCCUUGGAAGACUCAUCUAUGAAGGUUUUCUCUCUCCUGGUGAACUGGAUCCUUUAAAUAGACGCUUGGUAGCAACUCCCAGACCUGAUGUCGUUGUCCAAGUUGUGAUUUUAGCUGAGGAUGAAUAUAUUCAAGAUCGUCUCUCAGACUUUGGAAUUGAAGUCCAAACUACAGCAGAAGUUGAACCAAUCAAAGUUUAUCCUGCACGAAUCCUCAGCCAUAUCUAUUCACUUCUUGGAAAAAAUAAACGUCUUGGUCUGACUGGUCGUCCCUCUUCUGAGAUUGGACUCCUGGCCACCAGCAAAUUGUAUACAUUGAGUGAUAAGAUUUUGGCUUUCGCACCUCAGUUUCUGGAUAACUUGCACUUUUAUCUGCCAUUAGACAACAGCUUCAUCAUGGAUCAUUUUAAGUCUGAUGUUGAAACGCUGAGUCAUCACUGGAGGAUGCUGGGACGCCCCGUUAUUAUCUUCCCUGUGAACAGAUCAAUGUUAGAUCAUGGUAAAAUUCCAUCCACUGCUCUUGUUGCUAAUAUUAAAAAAUUACAAAGUGGUUAUAUCAAUGGAACAAGAGUCCAAGUUGGUUGUAUGAAAGAUUUUCUCAGUACCAGUUGCAGCAGUAACCUAAGUUUUGUUUUUGGUUCAGAAGGAGAAGAUCAAGAAAAGAAACUGAUGAAGAGCAUCAAAAACAAAUUGGAUGCUGUAUCUAUUCAAGGCAAUGUUCUUGGCACAUCAGAGAAAUGGGGACGUAAGAAAAGUGCUGAUCCUCGAAAACUGUCUCGUAGAACAUCUGUACAUGGCAUCAUCCGAAGAUCACGAAGCAUUCAGAUAGACUCUGAUAGUCCUGCAGAUGGAAACAGUAGUAAGUCCAGCAGCCCUGGCUCUCCCAAAACCCCAAGUGAAUUUCAGGUUCCACAGCACUUGAAGCUGGGAGUGGACCCUGCUUUUCUAUCCCAAACUACCCAAGGGUCCCCCAAGUUGAGUAGAAAAGUAAAAGGAUCUGCUGAAGAAGCAAGCAAACAUUUGAUGGAUAUGUUUGGUUCUAUUGAUAUUAAUGAACUCUUUGAUAAUCUUAGACAAUCAGAGAGUAUGCACGAUCAGGCUGAUAUCAUCCAUUACCUUUACAUUGCAAAAGGGCCAAGCUUCAAAGUGACUAUUGCUGACCACCAGUGUACAGUGAAUGACUUACUAAGGGAAUUGUAUGAGAAGGCAGGUUAUUGGAAACAAUGGUGGCUGGUGAGGCAUACUGCUGGCAUGUUGAAGAAAAGGGUUGAAGAUCUUGCUUUGGCUGCAACUGAUUUGCUGGUGCGACAGAAGCAGCUCUCUGUUGGUCUCCCACCAGACAGAGAGAAAAUCAUCACAAGUCCUCUUCCCCCUGAUGAACUGUCUGAAAUGAUCUUUGAUGCUUGUGGAGAAGAUCUCAGCACUGCUGCCUUAACUCAAGAACUUCUUAUUUACUUGGCCAUGUUCAUUCGCACAGAACCACAGCUGUUUCAUGAAAUGUUACGUCUUCGUGUUGGACUCAUCAUUCAAGUUAUGGCUUCAGAAAUGGCCAGAACUCUUAAGUGCACAGGUGAAGAAGCUUCAGACCACCUCUUGAACUUGAGUCCUUUUGAAAUGAAGACUUUACUUCAUCAUAUUCUUAGUGGAAAAGAGUUUGUCAUCAGUCCAGAACGCACCAGCACUGAUGAUUCCUCUGAGCGAAUUCGGCUUUCAUUCACGUCCAAGGACAAACACGAAGAAAAAGUUUUUGCUCGACUCAGCAGAUCAUAUAAGGCUGGACCUACUAUUGAGAUCACACAGACAUCCGAUGAUAAAGAAGCAGAAGAAGAUGAAGAUGACAGACAAGGCCAAUGGCUGAGACGUCGGAGACUGGAUGGAGCCCUCAACAGAGUUCCAGUUGGGUUUUACACUAAACUUUGGCAGACUUUACGAAGAUUGGAAGGUAUUUCUAUCUGUGGUCAAACACUUACUAAAUCUUUGACCAGAGAGAUGACUUCUGGUGAAUUCAAAUUUGCCCUACAAGUAGAAAGAGUGUUGAACUUGAUUCCCCAGCCUGAAUAUCGCCAAUUGAUGGUGGAAGGGAUGAUGGUCAUCACUAUGUUGGUUGAAGUGGACACUUAUGCUAAACUUGACCUCAAUCAAAUUAUCCAAAUUGACAAACUGGUCCAUGAAGCAAAUGCUCUCUACCUUAAAGACCAGAAAAUUCCUGAAGACAUAAAGAAUCAGAGCAUGGGAGCAGCUGGAAUCUGUCAGCACUUUUAUGAUAGCGCCCCCAGUGGCCGAUAUGGCACCCUCCCUUAUAUGUGCCGAGCCCUGGCGUACAUCCUUAAAUUACCAGCUGAUGCUGAUAAUGGGCUGGAGUGUGCAAUCAGCUGA